UGGGUUUAUUGUUAAAUCCAAUAAUGGACAUGGAAUCUCAUCUUUGUUUAAAUAAGAGACACGUCUGGCAUCACUGGAGAUAAAUAUGUUCCUGGUUGAGCGACAAUCAGGGGGAGGUUGGCAGACAGGGGGAUGACUCGUGAGUUAUUAUUGAGGCUUGACUUCUCUCUCUGGAGCCUGACAAAAAACAUGGUCAUGUUGCAGCGGUGCAUUUUAAAGAGAAUUCUCCAACCGUUUUAUUCAGGGAAUCAAGAAACCACUAAAGGUCUGCUGUCAGCUGGGUUUCCCACUGCACUGCUGGGUGGACACAGAGCUGCUGGGAGCAAAUCAUGUGGUACAGAUGUAAGGGAGCGGACUCUUAUUGCUGUGAAGCCAGAUGGAGUUCAACGUCGUCUUGUUGGACAAAUAAUGCAACGGUUUGAGCAGCGGGGCUUCAAGCUGGUUGGCCUGAAAAUGAUGCAGGUGUCUGAUGAUCUCCUGUCUCAGCACUACUCUGAACUGAGGACUAAGCCCUUCUAUCCGAGGUUGCUGCAUUACAUGACCAUGGGGCCUGUUGUUGUCAUGGUGUGGGAAGGGCACAAAGUAAUCCAGGUGUCACGCACGAUGGUGGGACAUACUAACCCAGCAGAGGCCCAGGCUGGCACAGUUAGAGGAGAUUUCAGCUUUCAUGUCAGCAGGAACGUGGUUCAUGCCAGUGAUUCACCCGAGGGGGCACAGAGAGAGAUCCAGCUGUGGUUUCAGAAAAAGGAGCUUCUGAACUGGGAUUGCUUUGACCAGACCAUCACCUGUGAGGUGUGAAGACACAGAGCGGUACGCGAGAAUCAGUAAUACUACCUCGUCUCCUGCUGCUCAAAGGUGACCAGGUAAUCUCUUGUGACACAGUGAUUGAAAAAGAUGAGUCAUAUUCAUUAUUCCUGUCAAAUAAUUUACCUCAGGAAGUGCACUUACAGUCACAAAGAUUUUAGUUGAAACAAGUGUGGCUGAGUUUUACUUAAUUGGUUUAUACUACACACGUAUAAAUGUACAGCUUUUCAUUAAACAGCCGUAAUAGAAGAAGUUUGCCUUUAGACUGAGAAAUGUGAAGUAAUUAUUUGGAUGGAUACAGUAUUUUAUCAAUAUGCAUUAACAUUAAGGUGCAGUGUGGGACAUGAACGAUAGAUGCAGAAAUUGUUUGUGGCUCAUUAUCUAAUUUCCAGCAGGUCUAACAUCAACACAUUUAAUUAAUAAAUAAACUGACUUUUUUCCUGUAGCUGCUGAUCAGCUCCAGCAUACGUAUUGAUUCACAAAAUAUUAAGAAAUAUAAAAUAUUAUAAACACCUUGCUGUGAAAUGAUAAGUAAAAUGUUGUAUACUUCCUUUAUUGUUUAACAAAUAAGAUGUAGUAGUGUUGUUUGGAGAAUAAUAAGCGCACUAAAAACCUUUUGGUAAACUGUUUACUUGAACUAUGUCUUCAAAUACUUUAAGUGUAAUUAUUCUACGUGACUGAAAAUGUGAUCAAUUAAAUUUGUGUAUCUGAAAUUGUUAAGUAAUCCUCCUACCUCUGUUUAAAAGGAGAAAGCCAAAAUCAGAUAACAUCUGGUGAAUGUUAUUUGUAAGAUGUGCUGGUGCUGUAAGUGUAACAAUGAACUUCAUUAACAUGAUGAUGAUGAUUUACCUCCACCUGCUAUUAUUGAACAUUGAAUGAUUCAGAUGUUUUGUAUGUUGACAUCUUCAACUCUUCAUAAAGCUGAACACCAUGACUUCAGUCUGUUAAAUACAAUAUCACUUGGGAAAUUACUUAUCUAAACAUUUAUUUUUUUAAAGUAUGUUUUAAUCAUUUGACAUAACAUUUAAAUAAAGGUUGCAUUAAAAGUAUAGCUAUGAUACAAAAAUACACAUAAUUUAAGUUGUAUUCAAGCCUGUAUAUUGACAGCAAUGUAUCCCUUAUGUUACUGUGUUGUACAUUAUGUCGUGAUGUGCUCCACGGCUAAGUCACAAUGAAAAACACAGAAUCAGAAACAUUUUAGUCUCAAUAAAACAUCAUAGAAAAGAGUUUAUCAGUUGAAUGUGUAUUUAAAACAGCAUUUGGCUGCAACGAGCGACGUUGUCUUAACACAGGUUGAUGUGCAAGCAAUAAAAACUCUGAAUCAAUCCAACGUCUCACUUUUCUGUAGAGUCAUAAACAUGUUUAACAGAAUGUACAUUUACUAUUUAUUUUAAAGCUUUAACAAGUCGUUUGAGUUGUUGUUAACACAUCAAACUAAUCAUCGGUAUCUGAUUAUGUUUAUUUUAUUGCAUUUUUCAGAUAUUAUUUAAGCAAAGGAUGUAUA